UCAGUCAUAGAAACAACGCGAAAGAAUUAAGAAGAGAGAAGCGGAAUAGAACGUAGUAGCUGAGGAAUUUCAUUAUAUUUACGAUGUCCGACGCGGAGCAGGAACAGAGUGGCGUUGCGGAUGUGGAGGAAGAGGAGCACGAUCUUGACCAAAGCCACGAGCAGGAACAGGAACAGCAACACGGCGAAGAGGAGAUAGCCGAGCCCGAAGGUGGGCAGGCGGGAGAAGAAGAAGGCUAUACAAUUCACGCGGGACCGCCCCGGACGCCGGUCGACGACGCAGCGGCAGAGCUAAAUUCCAGUCUCGACAUUAGCAGCUCGGACCAGUCGGCGGAAUAUCAAACUCUGGACCUAACAUGUUCUAAGCCUGUGCCCGAGGAAGUACCCGAGGCUGAAGCGGAGGCGGAGGCGGAAGCGGAAGCCGACGCGGACCAAGAAGGACCACCCCCAAAACGUGAAAGGCUCGAAACAAGCCCCAUUUCCGAGGACUACAGCAACCCCAGCCGCAGCUCCUCUUCCUCAAGUAGCGGGGACAGCUGCUCCCGCUACGACGAGGUUAGCGAAGGGGAAGCGGAGAUGGCGCCGGAGCAGCACCCAAUUCAGGAGGAAAUGCAAGAGCCAGCGGAGGCCGAAACUGUGGAGGCGGAGGAGCCUGCAGAUCCGGAGCUGGAGGAGGAUAUGGAGACCGAAGAUGUGCCCUCGCCGAAUACGGUGGUGUGCGUGAGCGACAUCGACGAUUUGUCCCAUGCUCCCACCAAAGCCAUCAUAACUGAGGUGGUCACCAUUCCCGCUCCCCUGUGUCUGAAACUGCCACUGGGUCCUCCGGCCCCGCCACCACCCUUGCCUCGAGGGGACAAAGAUGACAUCCCAGACACGCCGGCAUCGCCCACAGGAGCGGGGGCAGGCACAGCCAUGGCAUUGCCGCCGUAUUUAGGUGGUCGCUAUGUCUACGAUAAGGUCACGGAGCUUCGGCAGGCCCCGUUGUUCGCCCUUCCGCCUCGCCUGGCGCCACGUGAUCCUCGUCAGCGCAUUAUGCCGCCACCGCUGCCCAUUCGGACGGUGCUGAACGCCAACAUUGAGACCAUCUCGGAUGACAGCAACCAGGGUGAGGAGAGCAGCAGCGACGAGGAAGAGGAGGAGGACGACGAAUGUAUCCCCGUGGAGCACGACGGCACCUCGCGGGAGACGUCGGCUUCCACAGCCGAUCCCAUGCUCCAGAAGAUCGACAUUAGCGAGAAGUCGGAGAAGAUCUACUACAUUCGACGCGACGAUGGCACGGUCCAUGCCGGUCAGGUGCUACAGGUUCGCUCCUCGGACAACUCCGCCUCGCCGGAUGAGUAUUAUGUGCACUACGUGGGACUCAACAAGAGGUUGGACGGCUGGGUGGGUCGCCAUCGCAUUUCAGACAACGCCGAGGACCUGGGCGGGGUCACGAUGGCUCCCCAGCAGGCUGUGAUCAACGAACAGCCUGGCACGAGCAGCCAGAUGCUGGCCCAACAGGCAGCAGCGGCGGCGGCGGAACGACCAAAGAGGACGGGCUACAAGGACUACUAUCUGUCGAAGUGCGAAACCAACCGCUACGAUUACAGUGACCGAAAGAUGACGCGCUACCAGAAGCGGCGCUACGACGAGAUCAAUCACGUCCAGAAGAGCCACACUGAGCUGACGGCGUCAGAGGCGGCGCUGGAAAAGGAGCACGAGAAGAUCACCAAGGUCAGGAACAUCGACAAGCUGCAGUUCGGCAAUUACGAGAUAGACACGUGGUAUUACAGCCCGUUUCCAAAAGAGUACGGCAGAGCGAAGACCCUGUACGUCUGCGAGUACUGUCUGAAGUACAUGCAGCUGCGGAAGAGCUAUGCCUACCACCAGUACGUGUGCGAGAGACGGAAGCCACCGGGCAGGGAGAUCUACCGCAAGGGCAACAUCUCCAUUUUCGAGGUGAACGGAAAGGAGGAGCCGCUAUACUGCCAGCUGCUCUGUCUGAUGGCCAAGCUAUUCCUCGACCACAAGGUGCUCUACUUCGACAUGGACCCGUUCUUCUUCUACAUACUGUGCGAGACGGAUCGCGAGGGCAGCCACAUCGUGGGCUACUUUUCCAAGGAGAAAAAGUCGCUGGACAACAAUAACGUGGCCUGCAUCCUAGUCCUGCCGCCGCACCAGCGCAAGGGCUUCGGUAAGCUGCUGAUCGCCUUCAGCUACGAGCUGUCCCGGAAGGAGGGCGUGAUCGGGAGUCCAGAGAAGCCGCUGUCGGACUUGGGCCGACUUAGCUACCGCAGCUAUUGGGCGUACACGCUCCUCGAGCUGAUGAAGAACCGUUGCUCGCCGGAGCAGACCACUAUCAAGGAGCUGAGUGAGAUGAGCGGCAUUACCCACGACGACAUCAUCUAUACGCUGCAGUCGAUGAAGAUGAUCAAGUAUUGGAAGGGCCAGAAUGUGAUCUGCGUCACCGCCAAGACCAUCCACGACCACCUCCAACUGCCGCAGUUCAAGCAGCCGAAGCUCACCAUCGACCUGGACUAUCUCGUGUGGAAGCCGCACAAUACGGCGUCUACUUCCCGGCUGUCCGGAGUUUCCGGCUAAUAUUAUUGCGUUUUCUAUGUCUCUCCCGCAAUUGUAUACAUUUUUUUUUUAAGAAUAACCAAUU